AUCCUUAAGUGUCCUUUAUCCCUGCAGCAGAUUUCCUGUCUCACAUGGGAAUCUGUCACAUGGUGGAUAGUAUGGUAUCAAUACUCAGUGGAUAAGAACGUUGGAAAAGGCUCUGCUGCAGUGAGAACAGUUAUAGUCUCAGAAAAGAUCAGUAUACCUGGGGAAGGCAACAUCUGACUGCUGCCAUGAGGAACACUAUACUGUUAGUGUGGAUGUGCCUGUGGGCUGGCCAGUGUUUGUGCCAUCAGUUCCCCCCUCAGCCUGCUGAUCCCAGCCCACGCCCUCACAUCUGGAGGCCUUCAUCUCGACAUAAUGUUAUGAUACAGACGUCUUUGCCACAACACAGUGUUACCACACAAAUGCCUUCACUCCCAAAUAAUACACCAGUGUGGAAAAGAACAUCACCAAAAGCAAUUCCUCAUCCAGUUCCUGGUAUAACUGACAGCACUCGUCAUAAUGCAGAGAACACAUCCCAACCUACUGUGACCAUGGAUAACACCAACAAAGUGCACCAUAAAACCUCUACAAACCAUUCAAGGGAACACAGAAUUUCUCCCUCUGUGCCACCACCCAUCACCACAACCAAGGCACCCAUGCACAUUGCAGAUGAACACUACUCUACUGUUGAUGACUACAUAACAGAUGAAGGAAGCCAAGAAGGUCCCACAGAGGACCCACAUCCUAACCAUGAUUAUGAGUCCUACACAGUGCCUUCCAUCUCAUUCAUGCCAGCUCCUGAUGACACACCUCUGGACAUGGCUGGGAAUCUCAUUACUCCACGAGGCUUUCCAGCUAUGGAAAACACUGGAGAAGCGGGACGAGAGGGUCACGGACGAGUCACAGUGCGCCCCAAAGACCUGUGCUCCUACUGCCUAUGUGAUGCCGAAAAGAAGAAUGUGUACUGCAAGCAUGAGCACACCAACCAUAAAAUGAUACACGAGCUGCUUCUGGACAACCAAAUCAUUCCGCGCUCAGCUGUGACACUGCACGUGGAUGGCUUUGAGAAAGUGGAUGUCAAGAGCAACACUUUCUCCCGGGAGGAUCUUAAAUUGCGUAAAAUUACCUUUGAGGGCAUCAAACACUUGGAGCUUGUGACCCACUCCCUUCAUUUCAAUGAAAAGGCCAAACAAAACAUGGAGGUGGCUAUACUGUUCAACAACUGCAACAUCCCUAACCUGCCACAGCAGACGCUCACCCAGCUGACCCGCAGUGAUGACCCCAAGCAAGACAUCAAUCUGGAGGAGACCCGCUUCCUCACCAUUAAGUUUGAAGGGUGCAAUAUUGCAGCAAUGCGCAGCUAUGCCCUCUUCAAUGCCAGGAUAAUCCACUUCAACAUGACUGGGACUAAGGUGGAGAUGAUGGAGGAAAACAGUGUGCACCUUGACAGCUAUGAAGGCUGGAUCAUUGAGAAGAGUCAACUGCCAGACUUGGUACAGAAGGCUAUCUGCCUCCGGCCCCAGAACUAUGUGAUCUUCUCUCACAACACCUUCCUGGCCCUUGGAAACAGGUCCCUGGAUAUCCUCUCCUCCAGUCAGAAUAUGACUACAGGCAACAUAUUUCAUAACAGAAGAGAGAUCACAAUAAAGAACUGCCAGCACCUAACAGUUAAUCAAGGGAGCUUCAAGUCUGGACCCCUGACAGUCAUUUUCCAAGACAUACAAAACCUGAGCCUGGCUGCAGGCUCAUUUGAGGUGGGCAGCAAUGGCCGCAUCAGCAUCACAAUCUCCAACUCAAAGCUGAGUGAAGUUCCCACUGACAUGUUCAAUGUGUCCCGUGCAAGAAUGCAGGAGCCCAGCCAGCCCUCAGGUAUUGCCUUGGUCACACACAACUUGGUGUUCCGUGUGACCAGCAGUGAGAUCGGCAGGAUAGCACCAGGAGCGUUUGCCAGAUGCACACUGCGCAGACUGACAAUCACCAACACUACUCUUGGCCAUAUAGACACUGGAGCCAUUGAUAACCAAGUGCAGGAUGCUAUCAGCUUCAUCAACAACACCUUUGUGUCACUGGGUAUAAGAGCAGUGGCUUUCCUCAGCUCCCACACAGACACACAACUGAGACUCAAUGGAAACAGAUUCCAAGGCAAUGUUCCUCUGUUCCUGGAGGGAAACAUUACAGGAGAUGUUGACAUCAACAACAACAGCUUUCCCCGGCUAGAGACGUCACCCUGGCGACUGAGGGUGGAGGGUGAUGUCCUGCUUCAAGGCAACACCUUUGCUUCCCUUCCUCGCCAUGGUCUGGACUUCACUGUCCACCACCGCAUCAGUCUGGUGGAAAACAACAUCCAGCGCCUUGGACCUGAGGCCUUCCUCCUCAUCGUGCCCCAAGGGAAGAAAACCAUCCUUUUCAUGGAUGGUAACCUGAUUCACCAGCUGGAGCCAAUGUCCCUCUGCCUCAAUGCAGCUUUCUCGCCAAAUUCUGUUGUCAUCAAGCACGUCAGGUUCCAGCAGAAGUGUGAGUGUAACAUUAAUGCAACUCUCUCUCAAGCACUCAACAUCAAAAACUUCACAAUACAGGCAAUUAACAAGAAUGGAGUACAUGAGCAAUGGUUUAAGAAUGGAGAAUGCAUACUUAAGUCUCAAGACAUUAGCCACAUCUCCAUUGACCAGUUUCUCAUCCACUCCUGCCUCCCUCACAAGAAUGCUGCCAAGGACUCUGCCAGGGUGAUCUUAAUAGUCACAGCCUCAAUCCUGGUGACCAUAACACUGUGUGUUAUUUUGGCCUGGAGGCGCAUGAGAAGCACAGCAUCCACUAUCAGUUCCUCAGCUGCUGGUUAUCAAUCUUACACUGAGCCCUGUCCACCCACCACAGCUCCCAGCCCAUGGCUGGCAGUGCAGCCUGAGAAUCGGACCUACCAAGAGGUUGAGAUACAUGUUGUUUUUGACAAGGCUCAGGAAAUAAGUGAACUGGAUGAUGCAGAGAUCAACAAGGAGAAAGACAGUGACAAGACUAAAGACAUCAAGAGGACUCCAUCUCCUUUAACUCGGCAGUCGUGUCCAAUUAUGCCCAUGAGCAAGUCAUAACACAGGUCUGUGUUUACAACAGCUGUUUGUGGCUCAGCUUGCUUAGUGGAAGGCUACGCCCAUGAAGUGUUCCCCUGCCCUCAUGGCACACUCCACAAAGAUAGGCCAGGGAUAAGGGUGAAGUGCCUGGUAAGGUUGUGUGCUUUAGAAGGUCUUUUGUGUUUGGUUUGCUUAGGUGUUUGCAGUUUUGCUUGAGGAUUUCUACAUGCUACUUAUCCUCUGGUGCCACACCACACGUUGGGAAAUGACCAGUUUUACAAAAUAGUGUACGUUGACACAUGAAAAAGGAUGGGAAAAAGUAAGAUCUGAUAAACAAACAAAACAAACAAAUACAACAAUAUGAUGUUGAUUCCAUUCCUCUUAAAAUACCACCAUUUCUUUCCUUUUUUCCCCUCCUUUCAUGCUCACAUUGAAAUGAAUGGUGAUGCUUGAACUCACAAUCAUUCCAACCAUUAUCAACCCACUCAGUCACGUUUCAAUCUGCUUCUGACACAUUAACUAUAUAUGAAUCUACAAAGCCAGUGUAUUCUGUGGAUGUAUGUGGCCAGCUGCACUAUGCCUAAGCUCCUGGGAAGUAGUGUAGUAGUUCCAUUAGGGCUGAUGGGGCUAUGAGUGUGAAUGAUAUGUAUGUGUGUGAAUGUGUGGUGCUUUGUCUGCGCCACCACAUGUUGUAUUGCUAGUCUGGUAUAUAGACAGAUGGAUAGAUAAAGCUAAUCGCUUCAUUUUUCCUGCAAGAAAGUCUACUGGUGCCACAUUUUUUUUCCCGUGUACUUUAGACAGGAAGAAGAAUAAACACUAGUAAUAUGU